AGCUUAGACAAUACUCUUCCUGCCUUUUCACGCACCAAACGCCCCGAAUUUUUCGAUAAAUCUUUAUGACUACGCACUUAUAUUUGAUUCAAUUCCAGUGGAAGCUGACGCAGGUUAUCUUUUGACCUUUUGAUAUCUGAAUAAUUGAUACGCAUUAAUGUUUCUAUCAUAGCAAAGAACGGAGCUUUGAUUAGAAAUUCAGAAUUUACGGUGUUUCUCCCGAAGAUUUCAGGUUUUGGGGGACUUGGGGUUUCUUUUUAUCUGUAUUGAAAUAAGAAAACCCGUGUCUGAAUAUUUUCAACAGUAAUGGCAUCAAAUUAACCACAGAAUCAAAGAUGACAAGGUUUCUGGGUGGUUUUGCAUUGCCUCUGCUGCUCUUGACAGCUGGGUUGCUGAAUUGGAGUUUGAUUUCCCUCAUUAAUGUGGUGGCUUCUAUUCUAUUUCGUUAUACUGCCCCCAAAAGAGGUUUUCCAUUAAGGGGACGAGUUUUAUCUUUAUGGUUUGUUCUUGUGUAUGCAGUUCUUGUAAUUGUUUUGCAAGUGGUUUUUCUUAUUGUAUGGGCCAUUCUGGAUUCACAACGGAUCUUUGCAGAUGUCUGGUGGAUAAAGCUUAUUGGAUUUAUGAAGGUCCAAUCCUCAAGACCUCCAACAGUAAUCUAUUUUUUGAUUGUAGAAAUAUUAGUGGCACUUGUAGCUUUCAUUGAAAUCCGUGGAAAGAAAUUUGGUUUUCUAGAAUCGCACGAUUCAUAUUGGAGCUAUUUCUCAUCAGUUGUUGGACGUAUAGGUUACCGCCUGAGGUUAGCUUCUUGCUUAGUGCUGCCUGCCGUGCAGUUGGUUGUGGGAAUCAGUAAUCCAUCUUGGCUUUCAUUACCCUUUUUCAUUUGCAGCUGUGUUGGUCUUGUCGAUUGGUCUUUAACCAGCAACUUUCUAGGACUUUUCCGGUGGUGGAAGCUGCUCUUUAUAUAUGCUGGUUUUAGCAUUUGCCUACUUUAUACGUAUCAGCUUCCUAUUGGGUUCCUGCAGAAUUUCCAUGCGAUAGCCGAUUUUGUUGGUCUGUACAAAAUAUCUGCUAAAUCUGACUGGCAGCAAAGUUGUUCUGCCAUUUCUCUGGUGGCGUUCUUCUAUAUGCUGUCUGGUGUAAAACAUGAUUUGGAGCAAAUGGAAUUUAUUAUGUCCGUGAGAGAAGGCAGCCUGACUGAGCAACUUCUUCCUUCAAGUAAAUCCUUUUUCGUACGGACCCUGAGGUCUGGCGUAAGGCAUACCAAUGUGUUAUUAAGGGGAACAGUUUUCAGGAUUUUUAGUAUCAACUGGUUCACAUAUGGUUUCCCGAUAUCCUUGUUUGCCCUUUCCUAUUGGAGUUUCCAAUUUGCAAGUAUAUGUGCAUUUGGGUUACUUGCGUACGUUGGAUAUGUUCUAUAUGAUUUUCCGUCCUUGUUUCGUCUGCACCGAUUGAAUGGGCUACUUCUCGUCUUCAUUCUCUUGUGGGCUGUGAGCACAUAUAUCUUCAACGUGGCUUUUGCAUACCUGAACUGGAAACUUGGGAAGGAUAUGGAGAUCUGGGAGAUGGUUGGAUUGUGGCAUUAUCCCAUCCCUGGGUUCUUUCUUCUAGCACAGUUUUGUCUUGGAAUUCUUGUAGCUCUUGGUAAUCUUGUGAACAGUUCUGUUAUCCUAUGUGUAUCAAAUGAGGAGAGACGAUUCUCAAAUGAGAACGAAACAGAGGAAGUGAAAGAAGAUGCAAUAGUCUUGGUAGUGGCUACAAUUGCUUGGGGACUGCGCAAAUGUUCUCGGCCUAUUAUGCUUUUGCUGAUAUUCCUCAUCUCGAUGAAACCUGGUUUCAUCCAUGCUGUGUAUGUGGUAUUCUUUUUAAUGUACGUUUUGAGCCAUAAUAUCAGUAAAAGGAUGCGCCAAUCCCUUAUUCUUCUGUGUGAGGCUCAUUUUGCGAUUUUAUACAUUUGUCAACUUAAUCUGGUAUCAAGAAGGUUGGAGCAAAAAGGCUCUCUAAGUAUGGAAGUUCUUUCACAGUUAGGGCUCGUUGAAAGUAAUAGUUCUUGGGACUUCACUGAAAUAGCUCUGCUUGCUUGCUUCUGUGCGAUUCAUAACCAUGGCUUUGAACUGUUGUUCUCUUUUUCUGCAAUAGUGCAGCAUACACCUUGCCUUCCAAUUGGAUUUAGCAUUCUGAAAGCUGGUUUGAACAAAUCAGUUCUUUUGUCAGUUUAUGCGGCCUCCAACAUCAGGGACAAUUCUGAAAAUCCUUCUCACGAGAGAAAGGUAGCCUUGUAUCUCAGUUCAAUUGGAAAGAAGUUCUUGUGCAUGUACAGAUCAUAUGGAACCUACAUUGCUUUUCUGACCAUUCUUCUUGCGGUUUACCUUGUGAGACCUAAUUACAUAUCAUUUGGUUAUAUUUUCCUUCUCCUUGUGUGGAUCAUCGGUAGACAACUUGUUGAGAGGACUAAACGGCGCUUAUGGUUUCCACUAAAAGCAUACACAAUCUCAGUGUUCAUGUUCAUUUAUAGUCUAAGCAUUUUUCCCACAUUUGAGACAUGGAUGUCCAGAAAAGUUGAUCUUGAUAUAUGCUUCGGCUAUAAUACUGAAGCUUCUUUGUUGGAAAAUCUUUGGGAGUCUCUAGCAAUCAUGAUUGUCAUGCAACUUUAUAGCUAUGAGAGAAGACAAAGCAAACAUAUAAAAUCAGAAGAUCCGGAUCCGUUGGAAAUUGGAAUUUGUGGAUUCAUUAAACGGAUUCUGAUUUGGCACAGUCAAAAGAUUUUGUUUGUCGUGUUGUUCUAUGCAUCAUUAUCUCCAAUAAGUGCAUUUGGGUUUUUGUAUCUUCUCGGUCUGGUUAUCUGCUCUGCUUUACCUAAAGCAUCCAGAAUCCCAUCCAAAUCAUUCUUAAUUUACACAGGAAUUUUGAUAGCAGCAGAGUACCUAUUUCAGCUAUGGGGCAAACAAGCUAAAAUGUUUCCUGGGCAAAAACAUUAUGAUUUGUCCCUUUUGCUUGGUUUACAGGUAUAUAAACCUAACUUUUGGGGUCUAGAAGCAGGCUUGAGGGCAAAAGUGCUGGUAGUUGCUGCAUGUACCCUUCAGUACAAUGUUUUUCGUUGGUUGGAGAAAAUUCCUAGUUCUAUUUUGAAUGAAGGUAGAUCAGGGGAACCUUGCCCUUUAUUUGUCUCAGCAGAAGAUGAUUUCCCUGUUGUUUCGACUUCCGGUGGGGAUAACAACAUAUUAACGGACUCCAGUAAAUUGUCUGUGGAAAGAAUGGGAGUGACAAGCAAUUCAUGGCCAUCUUUCAGGCCUGAUCUUCAUCAAUCAUCCGAAGUGUCCUCUGGUAGAGGAGGUACUAGGGAUGCCAGUGCUAGAAAACAUUUUUUUGGUUAUAUCUGGGGAAGCCUGAGGGAGAGUCACAAGUGGAAUAAGAAAAGGAUUAUCUUCUUGAGACAGGAGAGAUUUGAGUUGCAGAAGAUGACCUUAAAAGUCUAUUUGAAAUUUUGGAUGGAGAACAUGUUCAACCUCUUUGGCCUUGAGAUCAAUAUGAUAGCAUUACUUCUUGCCAGUUUUGCUUUGUUAAAUGCUCUUUCUAUGUUCUAUAUUGGAUUUCUUGCUGCUUGUGUUCUAUUGGCUAGGCCUAUAAUACUCAGACUAUGGCCAGUAUUUGUCUUUCUGUUUGCUUCUAUUCUUCUCAUUGAAUACUUCGCCAUGUGGAAGAACAUUAUGCCUUCGGGUCAACACAUCUCAACCAAGACCAAUGCGCAUUGUCAUGAUUGCUGGAGAAGCUCAAAUCUAUAUUUCCACUUUUGCACGAAUUGUUGGCUGGGGCUUAUUGUUGAUGAUCCUCGAACGCUGAUUAGUUAUUAUGUGGUCUUCAUGCUCGCAUGUUUUAAACUUCGUGCAGAUCGUGCCUCAAGUUUUUCAGGGUCAUUUACAUAUCGCCAGAUGGUUUCACAGCGUAAAAAUGCGUUUGUUUGGCGAGAUCUUUCAUUUGAAACAAAAAGCAUGUGGACUUUUCUCGACUACGUGAGGCUUUACUGUUAUUGUCAUCUAUUGGAUCUGGUACUUGCUUUGAUUUUGAUUACGGGGACCCUUGAGUAUGACAUUCUGCACCUCGGUUACCUUGGUUUUGCUCUUAUUUUCUUCCGAAUGAGGCUUACGAUACUAAAGAAGAAAAAUAAGAUCUUCAAGUACCUGCGAAUGUACAAUUUUGCAGUUAUAGUUCUAUCUCUUGCUUAUCAGUCUCCCUUUGUAGGUGAUUUUAAUGCAGGGAAGUGUGAAACAAUUGAUUAUAUUUAUGAGGUGAUCGGGUUUUAUAAAUAUGAUUAUGGGUUUCGUAUUACGUCAAGAUCUGCUUUGGUUGAGAUCGUCAUUUUUGUUCUGGUAUCACUUCAGUCAUAUAUGUUCUCAUCCUCGGAGUUUGAUUAUGUCUUUCGAUAUCUUGAGGCUGAGCAAAUUGGUGCAAUUGUACGUGAGCAAGAGAAGAAAGCUGCUUGGAAGACUGAACAGUUGCGGCAUAUUCGCGAAUCUGAGGAGAACAAACGUCAGCGUAACUUACAAGUAGAGAAAAUGAAAUCUGAGAUGCUCAACCUACGAAUCCAGCUUCAUGGUACGAAUUCAACUGAUUUCUGUGGUGAUACUUCUCCUGCUAGCGAGGGCUUGAGAAGGAGGAAGCAUACUUCAUUUAAUCUACACUUGGACACCGACAACCUUGAGAAACAGGAUGGAAAUAUCUAUUCUGAUUCAGUUUUCCCGUUUCAUUUGAAUGAUUCUCCUGGUAGUGCAAGAACAGAAAGUCCGAUUGCAGCAGACUUAACAAAGCCUCCAAUGUAUACCUCUAUUUGUGAGAUCACAGAACUUGAGGAGGAUGCAAAUGAUAAAGCCUUUACUGAUUCAUACACGGCAAAGAAACGCAAAGGCCAAUCACGGGAAAACCCAUUAGUUUCUGCUGUGCAGUUGAUAGGAGACAGCGUCUCCCAAGUACAGUCAAUUGGAAAUCAGGCAGUUAACAAUCUUGUCAGCUUCUUGAACAUUCCACACGAAGAUUCAGAUUCAAAUGAUCCCUCGUUUGUGGAAGAUGGAGUAUGUAAUGUGAGCGAAAGCCUAGACAUUACAGAUGCGCACGUAUAUCGUUCAUCUUCUUUGCAGUCUGACAAAAGUAGAAUGUCGGAUUCUGCUAGGCUACGGAUUGGGCUGAUUGUCCACCAUAUAUGGUCCCAGAUGCGAUCCAACAACGAUGUAGUGUGUUACUGUUGCUUUCUUCUGGUUUUUCUUUGGAAUUUCAGUUUACUUUCUAUGGUAUACUUGGCGGCUCUUUUUCUCUAUGCUCUCUGUGUAAAUUCUGGGCCCAACUACAUCUUCUGGGUUACCAUGCUAAUCUACACAGAAAUUUAUAUUUUGAUUCAGUAUCUGUAUCAAAUCAUUAUCCAGCAUUGUGGUUUCAGCAUCCAGUCAGGCCUUCUUCGUGAAUUGGGGUUUCCUACAAAAAAGAUAACAUCAUCGUUUGUUAUCAGCUUGCUACCUUUAUUUUUGGUGUACUUAUUUACUUUAAUACAGAGUUCAAUAACUGCAAAAGAUGGCGAAUGGUUUUUAGACGGAUUUAGUAAUGGUAAAGGGGGGUUAAGGGAUCGAAAGGAGGUUCACGCAGAUUCCAGCUGGAGUGAUAAAGCAAAGAAACCUGUCCAGUUAAUUGAUUAUAUGGUGAGAAUGGUGGUCAGAAGCUGUUCUAGAUACUGGAAAUCAUUGACACAAGAAGCUGAAUCUCCUCCAUACUUCGUACAAUUGUCCAUGGAUGUCCAUGCAUGGCCAGAGGAUGGAAUCCAACCAGAGAGGAUUGAAUCUGGAAUAAAUCAGCUGCUGCGACUUGUACAUGAUGAAAGAUGCACAAAUGAAAGCCCUAAUCAUUGUCCUUGUGCCAGCAAGGUCCAAAUUCAAAGCAUUGAAAAAAGUAAAACCCCAAAUGUGGCCUUGGCUGUUUUCGAGGUGGUCUAUGCCUCCUCUUUAACAGAAUGUUCUCGAGCAGAAAAAUACAACUCUCUAACUCCAGCAGCUGACGUAGCAAGAGAGAUCCUUAAAGCAAAAUGCAUGGGCCUUGCUGAAGAAGUCGGAUUUCCAUACUCCAUACUUUCUGUAAUUGGAGGUGGCAAAAGAGAAAUUGACCUUUAUGCAUACAUCUUUGGUGCCGAUCUAGCUGUUUUCUUCUUGGUUGCAAUUUUCUACCAAUCUGUUAUUAAAAAUAAAAGUGAAUUUCUUGAGGUUUAUCAGCUUGAGGAUCAAUUCCCAAAGGAGUUUGUAUUUAUUCUGAUGAUAAUCUUCUUCUUGAUUGUGGUUGAUCGCAUCAUGUACCUAUGUUCGUUUGCAACUGGAAAAGUGAUCUUUUACCUUUUCAACCUCAUACUUUUUACAUAUGCUAUCACUGAGUAUGCUUGGCAUUUGGAAACACAGAACGCAGCUGGGUUGGCACUUCGUUUAAUAUAUCUAACUAAAGCUGGUUCUUUGGCACUACAAGCCAUGCAAAUCAGAUAUGGCGUUCCCCAUAAAAGUACUUUGUAUCGCCAGUUCCUAACCAGUGAAGUUUCUCGGGUCAAUUAUCUUGGCUAUAGACUCUAUCGUGCUCUGCCUUUUCUAUAUGAAUUGCGAUGUGUACUUGAUUGGUCAUGCACAACUACGUCGUUGACAAUGUAUGACUGGCUGAAGUUGGAGGACAUAAAUGCAAGCUUGUACCUUGUCAAAUGCGAUAAUCUUCUGAAUAGAGCUUCACACAAACAUGGAGAGAAGCAGACAAAGAUGACAAAGUUUUGCAAUGGCAUAUGUCUAUUCUUUGUAUUAAUCUGUGUUAUUUGGGCUCCCAUGCUGAUGUACAGCAGUGGUAAUCCAACAAACAUAGCCAAUCCAAUCAACGAUGCUAGUGUUCAGUUUGAUAUCAGAACAGGGGGUGGAAGGUUGACGCUGUACCAGACAACUCUUUGUGAAAAACUUUCAUGGGUUCAGCUCAACGCAAACUUUGAUCUUGAUCUCCAUGUUUAUUUGGAUUCAUAUAAUGUGAAUGACAUUCAACUGAUUUGCUGUCAAGCUGAUGCAAGUACCCUGUGGCUUGUCCCUGAUUUGGUCCAGAGACGGUUUAUCCAGUCUCUAAAUAGCAGCAUGGACAUGAGAUUCUCUUGGGUUCUUACAAGAGACAGGCCAAAAGGCAAGGAAACCGUGAAAUAUGAAAGAAGUGUUGAUCCAUCAGAUCUUCCUGAGCCAUCAGAAGUUGAACUGGUUCUGAAUGGUUCCAUUAGCAGCUUUAGGGUUCAUAAUAUUCUUCCAAGGUAUUUCCGUGUUACUGGUUCUGGAGAAGUUAGGGCAUUCGAGCAAGCGGCAAAUGAUGUCAGUGCGGACCUGGUUUUACACCAUGAGGGUUCUGGAUGGUGGUCGUUCUACGAUAUCAAUUCUUUUCCUGUCAAUGGCUGCGAAUCAUUCUCCGGUCCCAUGGCUAUAUUUGUGUCGGAGGAAACCCCUCAAGGAUUUCUUGGUGAGACUCUCAGCAAAUUCAGCAUUUGGGGUCUCUACAUCACAUUUGUACUAGCAGUUGGCAGGUUUAUCAGACUGCAGUGUUCUGACUUACGAAUGAGAAUACCAUAUGAGAAUCUUCCUACGUGUGACAGGUUGAUAGCCAUCUGCGAGGAUAUAUAUGCUGCAAGAGCAGAAGGUGAGCUUGGAGUUGAAGAGGUCCUUUACUGGACAUUGGUGAAGAUAUACAGAUCGCCACAUAUGUUGCUCGAGUACACCAAUCCCGACUAGUCUCGUUAAAUAGAAGCCCUUCUUGCAUGGAUGGACAAAUUGCUGACAAUAGGAUCGACUAACAUCCAUCUGAAGAUAGAGAUAUACUAACAGUGUUCUAUCGGUUUUUCACUCCUGUAGUUUUCAGUGAGAAGCCUCUCGGCUUGUAUUUUUUCUAUGUCAAGAAGUAUCUCUAAAGCAAGUAUGGACGUCUGUUGGAAUUUAUUUAUUUCCGAUUGCAUUUUUGAGGCACUGGAAAUGUGUAAAUAUCAUCUGAGAGAAUACUGCAUACAGCCUUCUGAUGCAAAGUGUAAAAAGAUGCUAAUCUCCUAAGUCUCUUGUUCAUUUUCACUUACAAAACUUGAGAGUGGUGGUAACCAUAUCCAUAUGUAGAUGGAGUUGAAAAUUCUCCGAUAUCAAUUGAAGCAUAACAAUUUUUAUUUUUA